AUGUACCGGCGCCAGGCCGCAGCGGGGACCCCGGUCUACGAGCCCAAAGGGUGUCCCGACAGGGCUGCCCCACGCUGCUCCGCUCCGCUGUUCCCCCAAUUGCCCACGCCCGACUCCCGAACGGAACGAGGCUCAGCCGGCGCGUGGUGGCAGGACCGUGAGCGUCUGCCCUACUUGUCCCCCGGGGUCCCGUAUGGGCCGCGGGGCCGCGGGACCAUGAGAGCGCUGCUGCUGCCGCCGCUGCUACCGUCCAGCACGGCCCGGAGGGCGGGGGUCCGGGGAGCACGGCAGCCGGCGGCCCGUGAGAACCCAGACUCCUUGAGCACGCUGCUGGGGCAGUUUCUGCCCAUCAAAUUCCGUGACUUCUUGCACCAGCUGCGCGCCAAGUGCACGGAGUCCGAGGAGCACCCACCCUCAGCGCCACAGUACCCCAAGGGUGCAUCAGAGCACUCCCUAGGUUUGCGCUGUCCCAGCUGCUCAUUCCUCCCAGACCUGUGGGACCAAUCAUUGCACUCAGAGGACAGUCUUAGAGAGAAGCCUACCCUGGGGCUCCCAAGAGGCGAAUUUGUCACAGCCAGAAAGGCUAACCCCCCCACUGGAGAAGGCUUAAGGCCUCGCAGACGCUAUUGUCCUUUCCGAGUUCGAUUUGCAGACGAGACCUUGCAGGACACAGCACUCCGCUACUGGGAGCGCAACCGUGCAGUCCGACAGAAUAUCUUUCCAUGUGAGCAGACGGCUUUGCCUGCUGUGUCUGUGUCAGAGCGGGUGCUUGGGAGUGUUGGGAGAUGGCUGGAGAGUCUGCCCAGAGCCCUGCGUCCCAGGGCCCAAGAUACUGUGGCCGGCUCCUCAUGCUGGAACUGCCCCCGAGUGUCAGCUCAGGAACCACAGCUCUACUUUUCUGAGGAUGCCACCAUGAGCAGCCGCCUACCCUUCAUCUCCAGGGCCACCACCACAAGGCCACGGGGAGGCCUCAGGACCUUCCUUGACACCCCAAACAGUGUGGAGCAGGAGUCCUUUCUGCCCAGCUUGGUGCUGCAGUCCGUCCUGAAGCGAGGCCGCCCUAAGGGCUACCGGCUCCUCCUGCCACCCACAAACCGGCAGCAGACUGAGAGGUGACUGCCUGCUGGAGCCCCAACCCAGGGGUGUACCCAGACCAGGCAGUGAGAGGAGUGCUCUCUUGACCUACAAAUAAACAGACCUCCCAGGUGGCUGAGAUGGA